GCCCUGAUCUGCCGCUCUCUCUCUCUCUGUCUUCCCCUGCCUAUAAGUCACCCACCGCGCACCUCCACCAUCCACCCUUUCACCCUCCAUGGAGUCGUCCGGUGCGUCGCCAUGCCGGCAUUCGGCCGAGUCCUCCCUCGACGACCUCUUGCCGGAGUACUACCGCUCCCGAGAGAAUUCCGGCGCCGACGUCCGUAUAUUCACGUCGGGCGGACCACCGAUCCUUGCCCACUCCUCCAUUUUGGCGUCGGUGUCUCCGGUUUUCGAGAAUUACAUGGAAAGGUUUAGGAGAAACGGCAGGUUGGACAGAAUUCCGAUCAUGGGCGUCCCCCGGGAACCGGUCCUCGCCUUUCUCCGAUUCGCUUAUACUUCGAGAUUCGAGGAGGAGGAGAUGAAGAAGUACGGGUUUCAUCUCCUGGUUCUGGCACACGCCUUUUCCCUGCCGACGCUAAAGAGGGCGUGCAUCAGAGCCCUGGCCGAGUCGCUGACGGUUGCCAACGUCGUCGACGUUAUGCAGCUGGCUCGCCUCUGCGACGCGCCUCACCUCUACCUCAAAUGCUUGAAGCUCAUCGCCAACAACUUCAGCGGCGUCGCCGCAACGGAGGGCUGGCGGUUCUUGCAGAAUAAUGACCCUUGGCUAGAGCUCGAAAUCUUGCAGUAUCUCUCAGAGUCUGAAUCUAGGGAGAAGAGGAGGGUCCGGAAGAGAGAGGAGGAAAGGGUCUACCUCCAACUAAGUGAAGCCAUGGAGGCCCUGUUUCACAUCUGCACAGAAGGGUGCAAGACGAUCGGUCCCUACGAGAAGGAACUUAUGGGAAACAAUGGUGGUAGUGGCGGUAAUGACGGUGGUGUUUGCAGAUUUUCGACAUGCAAGCACGUCGAGCGCCUCAUUCGCCAUUUUGCGAGCUGUGAGAGAAGGGUUCGAGGUGGAUGCUCUAACUGCAAGCGGAUGUGGCAGCUCCUGCAACUCCACUCCUUCGUCUGCGAUCAACCUGAGUCUUGCAAGGUUCCUCUUUGCAGGCACUUCAGGAUGAGAAUGGGGUCGACCGGCAAGAGGGAUGAACAGAUCUUAAAGGACUUGGCAACCAAGAUUGCGUCCGCAAAGGCAAUUUCUUGCAUUCUUUCCAAGAAAAAAAGGAACCAAGCGUGACGGGAUUCAAUUGGGUUCCACAUCACUCGGGUCUUCUGCAACACGGAUGAGUGCAAGGGGCCAAUCAAAUUUUUAUGAAGUUGUAUGAAGUUUGGAUGUGCUUGACAUGCAAAGGUUCUGUAGGCGAUGUAAAUAUUUUGUUCAUAUUUAAAUGUGACGUAGCUUGUAUAUUUCCUUUUUUAAAUUAAAAAUGUCGAGAAGAUGUGUACAAGAAAGAGGAAAAGGUUGUUAGUACUUAAAUAGCAAGUAAUCUAGUAUGUUCUUUAUUCUAA